GGUUCUAGAAGUGGUGAGUUUCAGUAGAGUGGCUAAAGUGAGACUUGGGAUAAUAGCUUGGCAAACUCGUUUCGGGAUUUCGAUUGCUUAGGUUUUGUAUGAUAUCGUAGAAAUUGGCGUCUCACAACCGUACUAUACCGGUAUAUCUAUGGCAAAAGUAGCCGUUAUAUAUCCUCAAACAUACUCGGUAUAAUACUAAACUCAGGAUACCGUGGGCCUGUGGGCCUGACUGUCGCUUUUCGACCCGCACCGUUUGCCUAACCCUCAAACAACGAAGCCACAACAUCAACGCCUUACAUUCCAACCGGUAACUUAACGCCUUCUCCAAACAGUGAACAAAACACAUAUUUACAUCUGCAACCCCAAAUUUUCGCUAAACCGCAUCCCCAGCUCCAGCCCACCACCUCCACACGACCACCAACAGAACCACAAUCCAACCGGGCCACAUAAGGAUAAGCAUAACCAGGUUGGGCUGUAACAGGAGCAACAUGGUUUCGUAAAAGACCGCGUCCUUGAAUUUUCCCCACCGGAGCCGCAGGCCCAUUCCCUGUUGGAGGAGAAAGGCGAGGAGGCGGCAGAAUAUCUGCUGGAGAAUGGCGGUGAGGCUCCUGCGGAGUUGUGAGAGCGAGGUCAUGAUAGGCGAUACCCAUGCCGCCUUUGCGGGGGAGGGGGGGAAGAUGGCGGUAGCGGCGCCGGUUUCCGUUGACAUUUCUGUUUGGAGGGCGGCUAUGGUCAUUCUGAAACUGCGGGGCCUAAAUCCAGUGGUUAGCUUGGCCGAUAGGUGACCGACUGCUCGGGCAUUAGAUGUGGCUAAGUGGAUAGAAACUGCAAGGGGAAGGAGGGGGUACCGGUAUAAGAGGAUAGAAAAGGUGUACGGUAUUAAUCCUCUUGAGCUCAUGAACAUGUACUGCUAUUUGUACUGGUCUCAAAGACUUUCAACUUGUGCGCAGAAAAAAUCCCACCCUCUCUUUCAAGACUUUAAAGUGAAAGAAAGCAGAAGAGGGCAUAGCAGUUAUAUCAUACCCUCUCCCCGCGCCCGGGGAAGAAGAUAAAAAAACCCCUCUCACCUGCACGCGCAGCGACCCGUAUGAUGUCCCGUACCGGUAGUCACCCAUACCAUUUCUAUCCCAAGCUCUUCUUCCAUCACUCCUACUAUGAUACCCCUCUUCAAUACUCUUCUCCCUUCCUCCCUUCGACCAACGCCAACCUCCCACCUGACCCGCCUUUCAAAAUCCCGAGAAAAGUCCCUCACCCAAGGCCCGCAAACAGCACCCGAUAUGGAGCCUGUGGCAUCUCCCAGACAGCCCCAUACCGUGUCGUGAUCGACCGAAACCGAGAUAUAAGGAAACCCAGCGCAAGGCAAUAUAAGAACACGCCACCACGUGUUGUGCCGUUAUGACACCCAAUUGGUCCGUCCGUUGGCGAAGAUAACCUAACCCUGCCUUACUGCUGGCACCAGGCAUGUUCAAAAGGGCGAGAACAGCCGGAAUCGAUUUUCCUUUUUUUUCUUACUCAAAAAGAAUUGAGUGGGCGAUGGAUGAAGCAGGGGAAGGUGGGGAUAUAUGGGUGGGUUUCUGGGGAGAGGCCUCUGAUUGCUACUGCAGAGUACCGGCUGCUGAUCAAGCCGGAGAAUUCCUUGAAUCAAAUACAGUGCCUGUUACCGAUAAGAUAGCCUCUGAUCUCCUUGGUGGAAUAUAUUAAGACUUGAAAUUGAAGCACUGUUUGGUCUUCAAUGGUCAAUUCGAAACCCUUGGGGGGAAAAAAAAAAUUCUUUUGUAUAGAAAGGUGCUUUUCCAAACAUUCCCAAGAGGGCACGUAGAGUAGUCUACAGCGUAAUCCGUUGCCAAGAAGAAGCUUUUUGCCCGAGUAUGACAUGAUACCCAUACCCGUAGAUAUAUUUCAUAAAAUCGCAACCAACAACACAGUAUCAGAUGCAACAGUAUCAUACGAGAGAUAACAAGAGAAAAUCAGUCAGGCUAUUCGACGGCACCCUUACCCCCUACCGGGUGCAAGCCAUGCCAUGGUGCCGGCCAAACACAGCCCUUCAAACGGGUUUAUGUAAGCAGCUCGGGCAACGAUUGGCUACCGUUCUUCAUACAAACAGUGCAGGAGCUUCUGGAAAACGUUCGUGCCGAAAAGCUCCCAAACGUUUGAACCCUACCUAUCUUACGGUAUCAAUCCACGAGCAUGUCACUUCCAUAAUAUUUUUUCUCUCUCCAAUACAAUUGUAGUCAUCACAAUAUUAUCAUAGUAUGAUAUGGUGG